CGUAUGUGUUAUCAUGUCGACUACAUAGCCCCGCACAAUCUUCAGGAAUUUAAAUCAGUCAACAGACCUUCCAGAAACUUAUAGUUUCCGACAUAUUUUGCCCGGCUUCCUCGGAGAUCUUCGCAUUCCAUAUUGUUCUUGCCCAGAUUCAUCAUGGCACCAGACAAGGAGCUUGCAAGCCUUGUUACAGCGGAUCCAGGCCUUCCACGUCCUAAUCCCACCCAAUCAUACUGGCAGCAUAUCCCGCAUCCUCUUGCAAAUGUCCGAUCGGAAAAUCUACCCAGCGAAAGAGACUAUGUGAUCAUUGGAUCCGGCAUCACAGGCCUUUCGGUCGCCAAAACGCUGUUAGAAAACCAAGUGAAUGCAACAGUUACUGUCCUGGAGGCUCGUACACUCUGUUCUGGAGCGACGGGACGCAAUGGCGGUCAGAUGGCUGCUAACGCAGGAGAAGAAUAUACGCAUCUGGCCGAAGUUCAUGGGCCCGAGAUGGCUGGUAAAAUUGCAAAAUUUACACUCCGGAAUUUGGAGAAGAUGCAGGAACUCAUCGAGGACUAUGAUGCUGUUGAGACUAGCGAGAUGCAGAAGCUCAAGAAGUUGCGUGUCUUUAUGACCGAUGCCAAGUUUGAGGAUUUUAGGAAGAGUAUCGCACGGCUGGAAGCAGAUCAUCCUUCCAUGAGAGGGAUCUAUGAGAUAAUUGAUGCUGAUACAGUACUCAAAGAUCAUGGAAUCCAUCGAGCUUCCGGCGGUGCCUUACUUCCUGCCGGGACGGUAUGGCCCUAUCGUUUGGUCACUAAGGUUUUCGAUGCUCUCUUAAAGAAGUACCCCGAUCGACUAACCAUUGAGACCAACACGGCCGUAAAGUCUGUGGAGCAUGUUGAGCAGACCAUGACACCCAUAACGUCCGUGUACCCUUAUACGGUACGCACAUCUCGAGGUCCAAUGAGAGUGGCUAGCGUGGUAUAUUGCACAAACGGGUAUAGCGGCCAUCUCCUCCCAAGUUUACGAGGACGUAUCCAUCCGUUCAAGGGGACAAUGACAGUUCAAGAUCCGGGUACUUCACUACCAAACAAAGGAAAAUCCGUGUCGUGGGGGUUCCAUUACCCACCCACAUACGACCCAGAUACUAAGCGUCACGGAUACGGAUUAUACUACCUCGGUCAAAGCGCCAAGACGGGGUAUUUCUAUUUUGGAGGCGAGAACACACGUAUGAACGAAGCCGUAUCAUCGGAUGAUACUUUCGUUGCUUCGCAUUCUGUUUCACAUUUACAAUCAGUUCUCCCGCGGUUCUUUGGCAAGCAGGAUGAAGCCCCCUGGAAGCUGAUUAGUUCAUGGAGUGGAAUUAUGGGAUUCUCGUCGGAUGGGCUGCCAUUGGUAGGUCGACUUUCUUCCGCUUUGACAGGCCGCCGUGGGGAGGGAGAAUGGAUUGCGGCUGCUUUCAAUGGUUACGGGAUGGCCAAUUGUCUCAUGUGUGGAGAGGCAUUGGCUUUGAUGAUAUUGGGCGAUAAAGUAAAUGACUGGCUUCCUGGUGCUUAUGAGCUUGGUGAGGAUAGAUUGCAGAGCAUACUGACUCCACCAGAGGCUGUCAAAGCCUUGAGCUCGAAAUUGUGAAUAAUUUGCAGGAUAAAAUAACUCGAAUUCAU